GGGCAAUAUUACAAAGGUGUAAAAGAUGAGAAACAAACCCCUAAACCCAGAAUUAGCAUGUCGUUUCGUUUUUAAGGGUUUGACAGUCAGUCACCAAUUCAAAGUCUUCAAAUUACUCAACGGAAUUGACACAAUUACAGAUUCAGUCCGACCGGAAAAUUGUCAAAUUUGCUAUGAGAAAGGCUUCCUCCUUAUUUUUUCCACAGCUCCGGCGAUCCCAUAAAAUCCCUUUAUGUUCUCUUUCUGACCAUCGUUCUUUCUCCCAGCUGCACUCCCGUCAAGACAUCCCAUCUCCUGCUGCAAAUGGACGAGAUAAUCAUUCACGCCAUUUCCCCAAAACCGAUGGUAAUUUGUCCUUUAAUUUCAUAAAGAACGAGUUUUUCUCCCGGAAUUUCAAUUCCCAAGCGGAAAAUGCAUCCGAAGAGUAUAAAGACCAGCUUUGGAAGGAUUUUCUGAGUCUAAAAUCCACUACUCAUAUGGAAACGCUGUUCAAGGAGAUGGAGGCAAUCUAUGAUGAAGCAGAACUAGCGGUGCCAUGCCUGGUGAUGGGGAUUGAAGUAUAUCAAGAAGGUAAGGACCCUGAAAAAGCUUUAUCUUUAGCUAAUAGAGCUCUCAAGAUUUCUGUAACUUGUGAUACUGAGCCUUCCCUUGAACUUGCUAUGUCUUUGGGAUUGUUGGGUUCUGUGUGCUUUAGUUUGAAUAGGCUUGAUGAUAGUUUGGAAUAUCUGGAAGGGGCAAAUAGGGUGUUCAAUAGUCUGGAAAUAGAUGGUUCUAGAACAUUUCGCCUUCCUCGGUAUAAUGACCCGUAUGCAGAUGAUGAAAGAACCUUUUGGCUUCAUCUCCAUGCUGUCCAGUAUGGAUUAUUUGGUACCAAGACAGCAAUUGGACGGAGAGAGGAGGCUAUAGAUCAUAUUGGGAACGCAUUAGAGAUAAGAGAGAAAUUGUCGAUGGAUGAAGAUUCUGGGUCUUUAGGAUUUGCUUACAGGGAUGUAGCAGAGGCUUAUCUUGCUGUUUUGAAUUUCAAGGGAGCAUUGCCAUAUUGUUUGAAGGCAUUAUAUCUUUUUAAAGAGCAAUAUGGGCAGAAAUCACUGUAUUCGGGUCUUGUGUUGAGGCUUCUAGGCGUGAUAUAUACUGGAUUGGGGGAACAUGAAAAGGCAUUGGAGCAAAAUAAGUUGUCUCGGGAGGUUUUCAGAAGUUGGGGCGCCAAUUACGACUUACUCCUAGCUGAAUCUGAGGGAGCCAAUAUGCUAAUUGCAUUGGGAAGAUUCGACAAGGCUAUGGACACAUUGAAGGGUGUUGUAAACCAGCCUCUAAACUAUAUCGAGCAUCCUGAAGUUACCGCAUGGCGAUAUUCAUUGUAUCAAGUCCCAAGUCCAUACCAUGCGAAGAUAAUCUCAAAAGCUCAACAAAAACUUGAGAUGGAGGAGAAAGUCAAAGAAGCUCAGCAACUGCUUGAGGAGUUGUUGAAGAAGAAAGGCGAUACGGGGUGCUCUGCAUCCUCAAAGGAGGCUCUCUUGUAGGCAGUGCCUUCAGUUGACAAAUGAAAAAUGGCCUAUUGUUGUCCAAUAUAUGAUUGGUUAUUUGUUGCUUAGAGGGGUUCAAUCAUGCUCCCGGAUCAGAAUUUAAAAAAUCUGUUCUGGUUUACUUGGAUAUUAUUCUUUUUGACUUGCCAUUUGUUCAAAUUCUAUUUGUAUUUUUUUUAAAACUAAUUGGCCUGCUUAUUGUCUGGAUUAGUUGGAGAGAACAAAGGCUGCAUUUUUUAUUUGAAGUAAUCUUUGAUAAUUUACUUCAAGAUCGAUGGGUUUAAUAAUUUUUGAGGUUGUAAGAUUUCAACUAAUGCUUCUUCUUUUUUCUGUAAUCUUUCAACAAAUACACAAGGGUGAGGCAGCGAGUAUGUUGCCUCAUUAGUUCAUAGAAGGCUUUUACUUUCUUGAAUAUUGGUUGCCCUCCACAUUUGACCCGAAAUAUCAAACUUGGACUGAUAUUGUUUGUUUAUGGGAUAUGAGACAUAUGCUCUGCCCGAGAGAAGUAUUGAUCACCGGUGUACAAAAUGCCCGUAAUUUUCUAUCUCCUGCAAUGUCUAAUAUACUUCCUUCGUCCCAAAAAAAAUACUUUAAGUAGUAUAAAUUUCAAAACUCAAUGUAGACUAUUGUUUUGGGACGGA